AUGUCAGCAUAUGUCCGUCCUUCACUCAGGGCUGCCGGUGUUGCAGCGAUCGGCGCCACAGCUGGCUACACUGCCUGUCAUUAUUGGAGCACGACCUUCUUCCAUUUUAACACAGUUCAUGCCGAAUCACCGCCUUCGGAUGCCAAGGCUGCUUUGAAGAAGAUGGAUUGGAAGGGCUUCACGGAGCUCAAGCUCGAAAAGGCUGAAAUGGUCAAUCACAAUGUCAAGAGACUGACAUUUGCUUUACCUGACGAUUCAUCCAUCACCGGCAUCCCCCCAGUCACCUCUCUCUUGACCAGACAUACACCUGAGGGUGCCUGGGUUCCAGUCUUCAGACCAUACACGCCCGUCAGCGCCAACGACCAACCCGGAUAUGUGACGUUCAUGGUCAAGAAGUAUCCCAACGGCAAGGGAUCCGGCAAGAUGCACUCUCUGAAACCGGGGGAUUCGAUGUUGUUCAAGCCACUACACGAGUUUGACUACAAGCCGAAUCAAUACUCGGCCAUGACCUUCAUCGCCGGUGGAUCCGGCAUCACCCCAAUCUACCAGCUGACGCGGGCGAUCCUCGACAAUCCCGCGGACGAGACCAAGAUUGCGCUUGUCUACGCGAACAACACCGAGGAAGAUAUCCUGCUGAAAUCCGAAUUCGACCAACUGGCGCAGCAGUUCCCCGACCGCUUCACCAGGACCUACACCGUCAGCAAGACCACGCCGGAGAACGACGGCCUCUACCACAAGGGGUACGUGAACAAGGCCAUGUUGAGCCAGGCGAUGCCCCACAAGAUGAACGAGCGGAACGUCAAGGUCCUCGUCAGCGGGCCGCCCGCCAUGAUUGAAGCGGUGGCCGGCGCCAAGGGCGGCUUUGGCUGGACGCAGGGCCGCCUGGGCGGAAUCCUCGGAGAACUGGGAUACACCAAGGAAGAAGUGCACAAGUUUUAA